CUCACCCCUCGGACAGGCGCCCCGGGACCGCACAGCCCUCGCCGCCCGGCCACGCCCGCCACCCAAGACAGACCGCGAGAAGAAACUUUUCUCCUCCGACAGGAGUUUGGGAAAGAGGGUGGGAAAGCGCCAGGACCUCGACCCCACCGGGAGGAACUUCUCCGUCUGUCUUCAAAAUGCUGGGGAGCAAGCGCCUGGGGCCCUCCGGACUGACCCUCGCCCUGUCGCUGCUCGUGUGCCUGGGCGCGCUGGCCGAGGCGUACCCCUCCAAGCCGGACAACCCCGGGGAGGACGCGCCGGCCGAGGACAUGGCCAGAUACUAUUCAGCGCUGCGACACUACAUCAACCUCAUCACCAGGCAGAGGUAUGGAAAACGAUCUAGCCCUGAGACACUGAUUUCAGACCUCUUGAUGAGAGAAAGCACAGAAAACGUUCCCAGAACUAGGCUGGAUGACCCUUCUAUGUGGUGAUGGGAAAUGAAACUUGCUCUACGGUCUUUGCCUAUUUUUCAACCCAAAUUUCAUCCUAUAAAACCAGAAUCUGCCUAUCCUCCCAAUGCAUGCAGCCAAUGUGCUCAACUGUGCAGUUUCCCUUUGACGUCCUUGUAUAUAUGUGUGUUUAAAUAAAGUACCAAGCAUUCAAAAAUGUUAUGCUCCUCAAUGAAAAAUCUGUUGUUGCAAUAGUGAGAAUUAUUUUAAGUUAUUCAUUAUAUCACACUCUCACUCAAGUAGCAGGUUUAAAGUUUGUUUCACCAAUAUUAAAGC